AUGAUCCUCCCCUUCAUCGGCGUUUUCCUCUCCCUCACAAUAUGGAGCACCUUGCUCCCAGUCCCGGGCCUCACCACCCCACAAGACCCGCUCAUCAAACGCAUCUCCGCCGCCAUAGAAGUCACCACCAUGGCAAAGGGCAUCCACGACCUCGCCGAGCUGGCGACGGCGUCCGCGCAUACCUACCGCGCGCCGUCCCCUCGACCAAGCGUCGUCCACCAUUCACCCACAACCCCCACCACGACCGCCUCACCCCCCGACACAAGUCCCACCGCGCUCGCCGCGCCGCAGACCAAAGCCCUGGCCGUUCCGCAAACAAAGGCCCUCACCAUCUACAUCCCGCUGCGCGAGCCCCCGCACCCAGACACCAGCAAGGUCUGCAUCCCGCCGCCGGGCUUCUUCGUCCCCUACCGCUACCGCUCGAUGACGCCGUGCGCCGUCUGCAGCCUGCUGACCCUGGCCAAGGUCGGGGCCAUCGUCUGGUUCGUCGUCGAGAUCGUCCUGCUGAUGCUCCGCAUGGCGUGGGCCGUCGGCCGCGACAUGUACGACGCCUUCGCGCAGCUGACGAGCCCACAUCCCGAUGUGGUUGAUAGCCCCUCUGCGCUAUACGACGAGAUCGAUGCUCUGGUUGAGGGCCUGGCGCCUGAGGCCCCCGCGGCGGAUGUCUGCUGCUUUCCCUUCCAGGGUGCGUUCGCUGCGAAGCUGGGUACUGCUGCUGCUGCUGCUGCUACCGAAGAACAAGAACAUCGAUCGACAGAACAGCAAAAGACGUGUACCACUCACUGUGAGCUGGAGACGGCGACAGCGCACUCCCGCCCCGGACAGCAGUGGGCGCCAGUGUCCCCGGCUGCAGGGAUGGGCACCGCGUCAGAAGGCAGCGCGGACGAGGUCAGGUCCGUCAUGGACGCUGAUCUCGACGUGGCCUCUGCGUGGGCUCCGCCCUAUGCGCCGGCGAGACAUUGGGCCCUGGUUGUUCGGCGGCUGGAGAAUGUGUCGCCGUUCUACUUUCUCGAGUUUUGCACCUCCGCUGCCACCAUCACCACCACCACCGCCACUAUCGCAACAGCAUCAGCUGGGAGGAGGAGCAACAGCACCACCAGCACCAGAAAGAGCAGCAGCAGGAGCAACAGCAGCAACGUGAGGAAAACACCGAAAGUCUCGUGGCAGACACCAGCGCAGAGAAGCGCAAACGAAAGCGCAAGCGACCCAGCCAGGCGAAGCGACGCCGCAAUGCGCGAAGGAGGCAAAGGGAAGAACAAGAGGGAAAUGAGAUCGGGAGAGUUGGCGCGGACUCAUAGUGGGAAUAUGGCUUAUUGA